AUGGCCGAAGCAACAUCGUCGUCGCAGGUCUAUGACUUGUUGAUCCUGACAGAUGCAACAUCUUCAAUGGACGAAUACCUGCACGCUCUAAACCAGUCACUGCCAAAAAUCAUCUCCAUUUCCGCUCUGACUGGCGCCUUUGCCCGUAUAGGUGUUAUGGCGUACAGAGACUAUUGCCGCCCAGGUCUUUUAGAAUGGUCCGGGUGGUUUGGCCGGGACGGCGACAUUGGUCGAGAUGAGCUGCUGCACUUCAUGCGCAGUGUACGUGCUCAGGAUGGCGGCGACUGGCCAGAAGCAACAAAGACAGGUCUGGCAUCGGCCUAUUCAGUCAUGCGCGAGGAUGCUAAAACCUUGGUGCUACUCUACGCUGAUGCGCCGCCGCAUAUGGGCGGCUGGGACAACGGUCCAAAUUACAAGAAGGAAAUCGAGUACCUGACGGCAGAAGGGUGCAAGCUGAGCCCUUCGGCCGGACUGUUUGCAGACUGGGUUUCGGCUGCCCGUACACUUAAUGGGACGGGGCACGGCGCGAAGCAGGCUCAAAUAUUCUCGAUUGUCUGCAGCCAUACGAAUGAAGCGUUCGGUCCGUUCAUGUACAUGUCUCAUCAGACAAAGGGUACAUGUAUUCAGAUGAAGUCGCCCGAUUCGCCGUUGAUCUCGAAGCUCACCAUGUCGGUGCUUCUGGCUUGGAUGGGAGUCAAGAAGGCGGGUGAGCCUGAAGAAACGUUUGAUGAUGCAUUCAAUCUAUGUUACAACAAUCUCGACGAUAUCGAUGCCUUGGAAAAUGAAAAGGACCCAAAAGCGGACAUAUAUUUUGUUCUCCAGCGGUCCCAGGUAGAGGUCUUUAGAUCUAAUAUCUGUCAAAAUACACUGUCGGACGAAAAGCAGCUCCGUGCAAUCAUUACGCCGCGAGACAUUCCUGUUACUGAUUUCGCCAAGCGCUAUGUAAGCGACGAGGACUACCGGAAGAUCGUUGUCGAAAAUCUGAGCAAGAUUAUUCGCGAAGACGUAUCUUCUAUUACCCUUAAUCCCGUAUUCGGGGCUCUUUGGCGAGCGGUUUGCAAUGACCGGAGGAACGAGGCACGGAACGUUCUCAUUGCAGAUCUGGGAGUAAGCAUCGCGAACAUGGGAUCAUCGAGUGAAAAGUCAAAUUUGCAGACUUGGCUUGCAGAGUCUUACAAUUAUGCGGCCGAAAUUGCUGCAAUGAUUGAAGAAGUUCCGCUGGCAGAACGUUUCCCGUGCGUUUUUCUCGAUCCAACACAGCAUUGGCAUCUCCAUCGAAGUGAAGACGGAGAUGAAGACGAUCAAAAGGAUGGUACCAUUACGUCUUUUACUUGUAGUCAACUGCUGGAAAUCGGGAGGUCAUGCGAUUCCAAGAUACUGCGCCGUUUGGGUACGGUCCUCACCAGACUGACGUAUGUCACGACUCCUGAGGAGCUGCCUAAUCAUGUCAUGGGCAUGAAAGAUGAUGAGCUUCCACGAAUCCCAAUCGCGCUGGCCAAACAGCAACAUAACAGGGUAUUCUGGAAGAUUCUUCUUCACCUUGUUGUUCCAGGAAUUAAGCUAGGUGCCCGACCAGCAGCGUUGCUCGCGGCGCUGAGUAUUCGCAUGGGCAUGAGACCACUCAUGAAUGCAGCCGACUAUGAGAUGGCCGCCUGGAAAGACAAGUGGAAUAACAUCAAUGCCUCAGAGACUUGGAAUGCCGACUGUCUGGCACUCAUAUUAGAUGCUGACAAGAGUUUCGAAGCAAGGCGCCGUGUUCUAGACGUGCCUCAAGAACUUCAAGAAGCCAGUUUCCUCAGCACUGAGGAUAGACACCUAUUCGAGACGCUCGUCGACUAUGGCAUGUUAAUGGCAAAUCUUAACACGACUCUCACGGCAAAAAUUGGAUGGAAGCCAACAAUGUCAAAGGUUCCGAUUGGACCCCUCGUGGUGUGCAAGGCUUGUCACUUCCCUCGUUCGGUCAGCAUGAUGGCCCACAAAGGCAUAUGCGGCAAAUGCAUCACACCGAAGGCGCAAUACGUUUACGGCGUCACCAAAGCCGAGUCCAUUCUCAUGAGUGUGAGUCAAGGGACCACCGAGUCCCAUGAAGCCUCGUUUGUCGAGUGUAGAAUCAUUACGUGCCGAGCCCAGUACGUUGUGUACAACGUAGAUGGCCUAAAAGUGCAUCCCAAGUGCUACUACUGUCGCUUUGUCGGGACUGAUCGAGCUCCAUGGGUGGAAUGUCGCAAAUGCCUAAAUCGGAUGAUAUGGCCUCACGAGUACCGCCCGCUUGAUCAGGAUGUCGCUCAGAAUUUUCUCUGCUCAGCAUGUAACAGUGGCCGGGCCACCAUUGUCGAUUUCGAGAUAACGCUGGCGGACCUAUGCAAAGAGAAUGGAGAUAAAUGGUUACUCCGCCACGAUGGAAAAUUGGAGAAGCCCUUCGAAGACCGUUCACUGUUCAAGACCGUGUUAGAAGCUGGCAUCGAUAUAUUUGCUGAGCAUGUCGAAGUCUUGCCGCAAUCCAAUACCGAUCUGAGGAUCGAUGGAAAGAUCAUUCAUAAUGCGGCAGAGCUCAAGUCCGCAUUGACCAGCUGGAUCAAGUCCCGUCGUACCGAGGCCGGAUUGUGCAAUCUCUGUUUCUCGAACUUCAGAAAGAGCACUCUUCGAUCAGCAUGCGGACGGUCUGGGUGCGGCCAGAGGAUAUGCCGCGACUGCAAGGCUUCUUGGUACAGUAUGAAUUCCCGUGGUCGAAUUAUCAAUACCGCAGCCCUCUGUUGCCCAUUUUGCAGACGGGUACCGUCGCCUCGCGCUGUACCAAAGUCCGAUCUUGUCUUCCUUGGGAACUUGAAGACCGCUGUUGAAGACUCAGGGGCGUGGAUAUAUGCGUGGUGUUGCGCCUGCAGCUUCGCAGAGAGGAUGAUGGAGCGUGUCUGUGCUCAAGGGGCUCCGCCCGAAGUCCGGGACUGGGAGUGUGAAGACUGCAGCGCAUUUAGGACGCAUUCAAAUGAGAGCUUGCUACGGCAGGCCAUCAUCCGUCACUGUCCGAGGUGCGAUGUGGCCACCAAGAAAUUGCGCGGAUUUGACCAUAUCUCUUGUGGGUGUGGAGCACAUUGGUGCUUUUUUUGUUGCAGGCAGCUCCCCUUAGAUGAUAUAUACCGGCAUAUGGCGAAUGUGCACGGUGGCCUUUAUGACAUACUCGGUGCUGAAGAUGACGACGACGUCGAGAUGGAUUUGGAUUGA